UCGCGAGAGUUCAGAAAGAGAAUACAUAACAAGUAUGGCGGCGCCCUCACGGACAGAGAAGCAUGGAGUGAAAUAAAAGUGGAUUUAAAACAGCAGCUAUUGCUUCGGACUGUGUUGUUUAGAGUCAUAUAACCUUAUAAACGAAGCUACGGUGAGAAAUGGGAUAUGAGCGCCUACUUUGCGGAGCUCUGGAGCGGUACUCCAGGCUGUUUCGACUCGGCAAUUUUCAGCAGAAAGCUCGAGUCUUUCAAAAUGCGACCCAGUCGAGCGGGGAAUCCACGCGAUUAUUUACCUGGUUCGGACAGAACGGGGAGAUUCUUGCUCCCACAGCCCGCCAGGUAGCAGCCCGUCGAGGCUACUGCAGCUCCACCCAGCCUGCCAAAGAUGUCACCCUGUUCGAGCACGACAGAACCCGCUUCUUCCGGGUGCUGACGGUCUUCUGCGGCGGCCAGUUCGUCUUCUGGACGUACCUGGCUCAGUUCGCCUUCACCGGGCUCAGAGACACCGGCGGAAAAGGCCGAGCUAAGGCGUCCACCACCACCGGACUGGCCGGGAUGUGGAGUUUCGAGAUGAACCUGGGUUCAAACGCCUGGAGGUACGGCUUUACCCUGGGUUGCCUGACCAUAGGAGCGGGGAUAAUCGGGCUCGGGGCUCUGUUCUGCCGGAGGUCGGUCAGUAAGGUGGUUCUACAUAAGGGUGGGAGGAUGGUGACGGUACGGACACAGUCUCCUCUGGGACCAGACAGAGGCAGGACCAUUAAUGUGCCACUAAAUCAGGUGGCCUGCCACUCUCAUAGACAGGAGUCCCCGUCGUUCAUCCCGCUCAGAAUCAAGGGCCACCGGCUCUACUUUCUGCUGGACAAAAAUGGGACCAUAAACAACGCCAGGCUGUUUGACGUCACCGUUGGUGCAUAUAGACCAUUUUAAUACGACAUGAUGUGGAUUAUUUACUGUUAAAUAAAAUAUUUGAAAUAAAAUGUCAGCUCAUAAAGAUUCAAUUUGUAUUAAAACAUUCAAAAUCCUCCUACAUGUUUCCAUAUGUGUCAAACUCAAGGCCAGGGGGCCAAAUACGGUCCGCCAAUGUUUUUCUAUAUGGCCCUCUGGACAGAGUCUCACAAUUCCAGAAAUGCAUGCAAAAUCAACAGAUCUUUGCUUUUCUAAGCGCUAAUGUAUAACUGUGAGUUUAUUGCUAAUUUACAGCAAAAAUGGUGAUAAACAUUGGCUAUAAGUAACAUAACUCCUACCUGCAGGUGGCAGUAUUUCUUACUUUUAUGACAAUGCUGACUCAGCCUUACUUUAUGUCAAGUAAUAAAAAUGUCACAUUUGAUGUCAUAAAUAAGUGGAAAUAUUGCAAAUACCUUUAAAGUAGUACCACAAAAUAUAUGAUUUUGAAUCCUGGAGGGACUGAUGAAUGUGAAAAGAUGUUCUAUAAUUUUUAGUACUUAUUGAAUGCAGAAAGGAAUUUAUUCAUAAUUUAACAGUUUGUUAAUGGGUUUUAUUAAUAAAUUCUGGCACAAACUGGCCUUGAAAACAUUCAUGAUCUUGAUAUGACCCAACAUGAAAUUUAGACACUGCUGGUAUGUUUUAGCAACCUUAAAGAAAACUGCAAAGAUGCUGCAACACUGUUCCUUUAAAUGAAAGCUAAAAUGCACCUGUUGAGAAAUGUCUUUGAUUAGAAGUGAAACAUUGAUCAACAUAUUUUAUGCACAUUUGCUUGACUUUUAAGAUUGCGUUUGACUAAAUGUAAUGUUUAUUGCUUGUUUCAUGAUUGGUUACUGUAUUAUGAUUUUAUGGGAAGCACUUUGAUCUGCCUUGUUGCUGAAAUGUGCUGUACAAAUAAAGUCAAGGUUAAAUAAGA